AUGGAGGAUAAAGAACCGCCCGUCCUCCGGCCCGGGUCGCCGUCCCCAUCCAUUCCACCCACGCCAGCCAUCUCCUCCUGCCCAUCGCCAGACCGCAGCUUCUCCACCGUUUCGUCCGUGUCCAACUUCUCCGCCAACUCUGCCACCUCCGGCGACAACAGGUCCUCCGUCCUGUCCGCCGGCUCCAAACGACGGGGCUACAUCCGGCCGCAGGGGGUCGAAUUCGCCGAAUCAGCCAAAAACCGCGAAAGCGUCAUGUGUCUCGGCAGCAUCGCCCAUCUGCAAUACUACUUUGCUAGAACGGGCCUGCUAGACGGCAAGGGCGCGCAGAUGGCUCGUCCCAAGAACGCGCAGCAGAAGGAGGUUCCGAAGUUGCUGCUUACGCAGGAUCCUCAGUUUACGGAAAGCCUGGUCGACAGUCCCCUGGACGAAAUUGCUCCACAUGUCGUUGAAUUCGGUGAUAAUGCUGCUGGCAAUGAUGAGGAGGAGGGGGAGGAGGAAGAAGAAGAGGAAGAGUUAAUGCUUCCGCCUACCGUUAGCACCUACAGCGUUAAGACGCAUCAUAUUGCGCCGCCGCCGAAGUUGAAGGUUCUACGAAAGGAUCUGGUGGGGGCACUCGACAAGGCGUCAUUGGCAGUGAAGAAGUCGGAAUCAGCUCCUCACGAGUCUGCUACCCAAAACAUAUCAACAGAUACCCUCGCUACACUUUCCCCGUCGGCAUCGUCGUCCGCCUCGCCCAAGCCAUUGGGAUGGGACGAGGUGCAGGGGGUGCAUAUUUUAGAUCUUGUCACAUUGGCCAUUCGAGCCGCUCGGGUCUACUACAUCAACCAUGAACAUCCAGAUCGACUGGCUGGCAUUAAGAGCGAGCGUCAGUUCCGGGAAGAGUUACUGGCUGUGACGGAUGUGUUGAAGAGCUGGGCGUCGCGGAAUUUUGCCGGUGGGUUGCGGAAGCACGAACGAGCGUCCAUCUUGGGAUGGAUGGCCGGGGUACUCAUUGUGCUUGACGAAGAACGCCGGCUCGAAGAGGCCGAGGCCAAGGAGCGAGCGAGCUGGGACUGGGCGUCGGGCGAUUGGACGGGCCGCGAAAGGGAGCGCGAAGAAGCCUUUCUCCAGACGCUGGUCAACGGCAUGGGCGCUGAUAUCACCUUGCCGAAAUGGACGUCUCCCGAGAAGGCCGUGCUGCCCACGCCGUUCCUAAGCCGCCUGCGAGACGGGCGCGAUCUCAUCCGGAUGCACAACCAGGCCGUGCGGAAAUCGAGGCGGCUCUUUGGCGAAAUCAAGACCCCCCACGAGGACAUUGCCAAGCCGUACCGGCGCGCGGAAAACCUGCGAUACUGGCGCAAAGCGGCGGAGCUGCGGUGGGAGAUCAAGCUGGAGCUGGACGUGAUGGGGGUGGUGUAUGGGAGCAGCGACGACGCCUGGAGGCAAUUCGACGCGGCGCUCCUCGAGUGGUGCAGGGGCGUCCGCGAGGAGAUGCUGGACGACUGGCGGAAUCCGCGCAAGGGCUCUGUGGCGUCGAUUCUCGAGCUGCCGACCAUUUUCGACGCGGAAUCUCUGGCUGGCGAUGCCUGA